GAGAGCCGGCAAGUGCAUAUGGUAGCCAUCUCCGAUCUUUAGUUUAUUCCGCUGGUUCGAUCAUCUGCCUCUGACGCCUCUGCCUCAGUCAAGUAGUUUAUUCCGCUUGUUCGAUCCUCUGCCUCGGCCGAGGCGAUGACGGAGGAGCUGGGAAUUUGAGUGGAAGGAAGAUGGAACGAAGCGGCAUUUCGCAGUGCGAAGAGAAGCGAGUGGGUUGAAUAUAGGAGGAAGACGACCCACGCGCUCAUAGCCAAUCCGAAACCGUCAACGCAUCUACUAUAAGUAGGGAGAGAGGUAACAUCAAUAAAUUCCAAAGUCAUGUUUGGCGCAUUGCGAUUAACGAGUAAAAGGGCGAGCCGUGUGCGAAUGCUCCGACGAACUCAAAUUGCUUCUUCCUCAGUCGCCUCGAAUUCCGCUUCCGUGCUCUGAUUCAUCCAGCAAGUGCGUUUCUCCCCAAAGAAAAAGUCCUAGCAUGAGGGGACGGGUUCUGGAUCUCCUUCGCCGCCGUUUUCCAUUGCAAAAAUCCAAUUUUGGGGUGGAUGGUCAUAAACUUGAAUACAGUUGUCUUACAACUUUUAAUGGACGAAGCUGUUCAAGGUCGAUGGCAUCUGCAACUUCUACUGAUAUUUUAUCUGAAGUGCCACCAAAAGUUACAUAUAACCCUCUGUCUGAUAUGCUGGUUGAUUCAUUUGGGAGGUUCCAUAAUUACUUGAGGAUCUCAUUGACAGAGCGUUGCAAUCUCCGUUGCCAGUAUUGCAUGCCUGAGGAAGGUGUCGAACUUACACCUAAUUCUGAGCUCCUUUCUCAUGAUGAAAUCAUUCAACUUGCAACUCUCUUUGUGACUUCUGGAGUGGAUAAAAUUAGGUUGACAGGAGGAGAACCUACAAUUAGGAAAGACAUAGAAGAGAUAUGUUCAAGUCUUUCCAACUUAAAAGGUCUAAAAACACUUGCUAUGACCACCAAUGGGAUAGUUCUUUCGAAGAAGCUUCCGAGAUUGAAGGAUUGUGGUGUUAAUGCUAUAAAUAUUAGUUUGGACACAUUGGUUCCAGCUAAGUUUGAGUUCAUUACUAGACGGAAGGGUCAUCAGAAGGUCAUGGAAUCCAUAAAUGCUGCAGUAGAACUUGGAUACAAUCCCGUGAAGAUAAAUUGUGUUGUGAUGCGUGGGCUAAACGACGAUGAGAUUUGUGAUUUUGUAGAGAUGACAAGAGAGAAACCCAUCAAUGUUCGCUUUAUUGAGUUCAUGCCAUUUGAUGGGAAUGUAUGGAAUGACAAAAAACUUGUUCCUUAUGCAGAGAUGCUGGAUAGAGUGAGACAAAGGUUCAAAAAUGUAGAAAGGUGUAAGGAUCACCCUACUGAUACAGCGAAAAAUUUCAAGAUCGAAGGUCAUUGUGGAACUAUCUCAUUUAUUACAUCAAUGACCGAGCACUUUUGCGCUGGUUGCAAUAGAUUAAGACUCUUAGCAGAUGGAAACUUCAAAGUAUGUCUGUUUGGUCCAUCAGAGGUGAGUUUGAGAGAUCCAUUGCGUGCCGGUGUUGAUGACCUCAUGUUGAAGGAAAUUAUCGGAGCUGCGGUAAAGAGGAAGAAAGCUGCACAUGCCGGGAUGUUUGAUCUCGCAAAAACCACAAACAGACCUAUGAUACAUAUCGGCGGUUGAAGUGAUUGUAUUUUAAUAGCUCGAAGUAUUGUGUGAAGAAUAACAAGGCAACAUUGCCCUCAUCAUUCUGUAAUAUGAUUGUGUUACUAAGCUUUGAUGAUCCCUACAA